AUGAUGUCCGACGAGCUGAGUGUCAUCAACGACGACGACAAAGGCGGCCGGCGCCUGAUCAAGAACAAACUGUUCGUCACGGUCGGAGCCGUCGGGUCCUGCGUCGUGGUGCUCAUGCUGCUCACCAUCGUUACUAUCGGCGCCAGAAAGGGCGCCAGCGACCAACCCUCCGGCAAGGCCGUACUCAACGUGGAGGGGACUUGUAGGUCAAUGACUUGUAACCGGCUGGGUUACAAGAUCAAUGUGUCCAUGAGCCUCAAAGACUCCCCCUGCCAGAACUUUCAUCGCUUCGUCUGUGAUGGAAGGCAGACAAACACAACAGCGUCAACUGUCGCAAAUGGAGCAUCGAACGAAACAGGAGGUUUCGGAGCAAGCUGGGCUUUCCAGAUGCUCAGCGAAUCCUUCCACAGGGUCGAAUCUAAUCCUAAGAUUCCCGUCCGGUCGCAGACCGACGCCCAUAAGUUCCUUACGUUUUACCUGUCGUGCUACCACAGCAUCGCUCCGGGAUACAGAAAUGUGAGAAGCCUGAAGCAUUACCUGCGUUCUUUCAACUUCAGCUGGCCUGGAGCAAAGGUCGACGAGCUAAGCGCCUUUGAUCUCCUCAUUAGGAUGGAGCUUGACUUUAAUAUUGGGGCGUUCUUCAGGUUUGGCAUCUCGCUGAAGAGGCAGAACGCUUGGGAUUUUACUCUGAAGCCUCCCAAAAUCUCCAAGUUUCUCUUUUCGCCGACGAGGAAAGAGAACUAUAGGAAGUACCUCGACAAGAUGGUCAGAAUGAUGGGCGGUGGAUUGAAGCACACCAGUACCGUGGAAAUCAUUGCCAAGAUGGAGGAGGAGCUUUUUGAGCUCGCAGUGAUGGACAAGAAACAAAGGUUGCCCCUCAAAAAUCUGUCGUUUCUAACGCCCAACAUCACGCCCGAAGUAUGGAUGCAGACGUUCAGCAAGUACUUCGUCUUGUCCAAGUUCCUGGACAACCAUACCAUGGUCAUCACAAGCCCGGAGUACUUCCGACGACUGUUUAACUCGCUCUCGAAGAAGGAGGGGGCCCUGUACCUGGGCUGGAGGAUCACCCGAUUCGGUGGCUGCUUCACCAAUGAGAUCCGGAGCCUGGAGCACACGCUCCAGAUGAACGUAGACUCGUGUAGUCACCCCGUCGCGGACGCUCGGACGUUCUGCAGAGAGUAUUCAUCCAAGUUGAUGCUACCACAGUUGAUCUCUUUCGCCACCGAGUCGCUCACCACGAAAAACGACGUGAGUGCUGUUGCGAACGUCGUAGACAGUAUCAAGAAGCAACUCUUGAAGGGUCUUAACCUCAACCCCUGGUUAGACAACAACACAAAGGCAGUGGCGAUUCAGAAGAUCAACAGUACCCGUCUGGUGCUUCCAGAAAUUGGUCGACGAUCAGACAAAAACGCGACUGCCGUCGAGUUUCCAGAUCUGGGAGCCGACUUUCUCGAGAACUGGAUUCGUGUGGUGCCUCGAGCCGGCUUUCCUGCCAGGAAGUUUGAAAUUGACGAGGCUGUACAGAAACUGUACAAGGACCACAUCAAGUACGACGUGUAUGCCAACGAGCUCCACGUUCCCAUCGUAAGCAGUAGGCCACCCUACUACUCGCCCGACCUCCCGGUGUCCACAACUUACGCAGUCCUGGGUACAGUCGUCGCCCACGAGCUCUUGCACGCCCUAGAUGCCCAAGGCCGCGACGUCGACGUCAAGGGCCAAGCGUUGCCUUGGUGGUCCGAGGACUUUACGGACAUGUACAACAGCAAGUCUACAUGCUACGUGAACCUGUACGAAAACCGAGGGAACUACACCAACAACACGAUACAAGAAGACGUCAUCGACAGUGCCGCCGUGCGGUACGCUUACUCAGCCUUCAAAGCGGCGCUGCCACUGGACAAGGUCGGCAACGUUCUCGGAGGACUGAAGGCUUUCAACCCGGAUCAGACGUUCUUCAUCGCGUACUGUCACAACUUCUGUGACAACGUGUCGGAUCACCCGGAGUCUCAUGGUGGAUCGACAAAGUAUUCGGAGGCCGAGAACCGCUGCAAUAUUCCCUUAAUGAACAUGGAAGAGUUCGCGCGCGCUUUCUCGUGCGUGCCGAAUGAUCCCAUGAGUCCGGCGAAAAGGUGCUACCUCUGGUGA